AUGUGGCGCCACUUGCCAGGUAGCUCGUACCCUGCCGAUCUUGCAUCACGUGGCUACACUGCUGAACAGUUAAUUCAACGUCGUUGGUGGGAGGGACCGAUUUGGCUAUAUGGUAAGGAAGAAAAUUGGCCUAAAUCGGAAGAAAACCCGAAUGAAGAAUUGGUUAAUUCAGAGCUACGUAAAACGGUAAUAAUUGCUUUAAAUACGGAUGAUAGUGAUCAAUACUGGUAUUGUAAAUAUUUUUCAUCUUAUACGAAAAUUUUGAGGAUGAUAGCAUGGAUAUAUAGAUUCUUUUAUAACUGUAAACAUAAAGAUAAAAAUUUAUCUAAGGUUUUAAGUGUAGAUGAACUUUGUAAAGCUGAAAUUUCUCUGAUGUUAUUAAUUCAAAAGGAUGGUUUUAAAGAUGUAAAUGAUAAUAAACUUAAGCAAUUAAGACCAUUUGUUGACCAAAAUGGUGUUAUAAGAGCUAAAACCAACCUUGAUUAUCGUGAUGAUACAUCAGAUUUCAUCCAUCCUAUUAUUUUACCUAAUAAUCAUCCUGUAGUAAAAUUGUUAAUUUUAAGUUAUCAUGUUGAUUAUUUACAUGCUGGUAUUUCUCUAUUGAUGUCUCACUUAAGAGAAAAAUAUUGGAUUUUAAAAAGUCGUAAGACUAUUCGUAAUUGUAUUAAGCAUUGUGUGAAAUGUCAAAGAUUUAAAAUUAAAAGAUGUGAAGUUAUGCCAGGAAUUUUACCUAGUGAUCGAGUAAAUGAUGCCGCAGUAUUUGAGAUAAUAGGGGUUGAUCUAGCAGGACCACUGUACCUUAAAGAUAAAAGAAAAGCAUACAUAGUUCUUUAUACGUGUGCAGUGUAUCGUGCAGUACACUUAGAAUUAGUAACCCUUUUGACGACCGAAGCAUAUUUUCAGUCCUUAAGACGAUUUAUUGCGCGACGAGGCAGACCCUCAGUUAUAUAUUCCGAUAAUGGAACAAAUUUCGUCGGCGCAGAAAAAGCUCUUCGUUUAAUAGAUUGGGAUAAAUUGAGCUCAAAGGUUGCAGAACAAAAAAUACGCUUUAAGUUCAAUCCUCCUUCAGCAAGUUGGUGGGGGGGUUGGUGGGAGCGCUUAAUCCAGAUGGUGAAACAAAUCUUACGUAAAAUAUUAGGACGCGCUACGCUCAACUAUGAGGAGUUACUCACUCUCCUUUGUGAUUGUGAAAGAAUAAUAAAUACGAGGCCCCUCACUUACGUAUCCGAAGACGUGGCCGAUAUUUCACCAUUAACUCCCGAAAUGUUCUUGCACGAGAUACCUUCCUCAGGUGUAGUAGAUAUUGAUCAGGUAGAUAAGAAAAAUUUAAGUAAACGAGCUAAAUAUCUCCAAAAAAUAAGAGAAUUACUUAGAGCUAGAUUUAGGACUGAAUAUUUAGGGCAAUUACGCCAACAAUCGUUAAGAGAUUAUAAGGAUAAACCGUUAAAAGUCGGGGAAAUAGUUUUAGUCGAAGAUAUUAAUAAGAAGCGGACAUUUUGGAAUUUAGCUAAGGUAUUAAAGGUAAUUCCUGGCAGAGAUGGUCACACAAGAGUAGCACUUGUAAAGACAGAAAAUUCAGAAAUUUUAAGACCAGUUCAAAGACUGUUUAGAUUAGAACUGGAAAAUGAGUAUGUUGAUGUAAGAGGAAAUUCACUGAAAAUAAGUAGCAGUGGAAGAAUUGUUAAACCUAUUGUACCGUAA